AUGUCACAUGCCAAAUGUAUCUUCAGCAGUGAUAAGGAUUUGAAAAAGAAAGGGCGUGGUUUUUCUGAAGAAAUGGUAAGCAUGAAUGAAGCAGUGAUAAUGUGUAAAUGGUUUGACAACAGACCAGUAGUUCUGGCAUCAAAUUUUGUAGGAGGUGGUAGUCAAGAUGAAGUACAGCACUGGGAAAAAUCAAGAAAGACACAUGUUUCUGUCUCACGGCCUGAAGUUGUACAUUGUUACAACCAUGCUAUGGGUGGUGUUGACAAAAUAGAUAUGUUAAUUAGCAUGUAUAGGAUUUUUAUUAAAUCUAGAAAAUGGAGAUUGAGAAUGUUGUUCCACGCUGUAGAUUUAGCGUGUGUGAACAGUUGGUUGGAGUACAAAAGAAAUACUGAAUCACUGGGAGAGAAAGAGACAAUGGAUUUGCUUCAUUUUAAGAUGAGAAUAGGAGAGGCUCUUGUAAAAAUGGGCACUAGUACCAAAGUGAAACGUGGCAGACCCAGAAGUGAUUUACAGGACAUAAUAGCAAAAAGAGCAAGAACUGAGAUUUGUCCGGCACCAGAGAUUCGGAAUGAUCUUACUGGACAUUUUCCUGAGUACCAUGAUAAUACAGAAGCUUCAAGGUGUAAAAUGCCGAGUUGUAAGAAUAAAACUCAUGUAUUUUGUGAGAAAUGCAAUGUUCAUCUAUGUUUUGUCAAAGGAAGGAGUUGUUUCAAAAUGCUCCACAAUUCAGGAUAUAACAACCAUCGAUACUCUUUGUCCAUUGCAAUGGACAUUCUGCAAAAUGUAAAUAAAAAUGUUUUCAGUGAUUUUGUUGGAUUUAUUAUGUUUCUAAUACCCAUUUUUACCUAUUACAAUGAAUAG